AUGUCAAACGCAAAAUCUGUAGUAUUAGUGAUGUUCGACCCACGGAAGAUAUCUACGACGUUAAAUCAAAAACUUCAAGUUGGAGUUACACCGGAUAAUAUUUUGAACCCCACUGCUGAAAUCGUGCAGCAAAUCUACUUGAACUUUGUCCGUGUCGUGAUCAAUAUUUCGGAGAAUUCGUUGCAUACUCUCCCGCUCAAUGCCGAUUCAGAUUUUGAUCAAGAAUUACACAAAAAGAGUAUCCCGCUUGCAAUUGUUUAUCAAAGCAUGAAAGCUUUCAUCAAAGACAACUCGGGCGGAAAGCUGGAUUUGACGAUGUGUGACCUGGUAACACCUGGAAAGAAUCCACAGAGAUUCAGAAAACUGUCUAGUUUUUUGGCAGACUUCAUCAAACUUGAUGAAAUAGCAGCCCCCAUAUUCAAUGAAAUCAGCGAAGAAUUUAGUGAUCAGAAAGUGGAAAUGGAAGCUCUUCAAGAAGAAAUCGUCGCUGCAGAAAAGCGUAAAGAUGAACUUGUCGCGCGACAAAGUCAGCGAAGGCGUCGAGAAAAUGAGUUGAUGGACGAUCACAACAAGAAAAAAUCGGAGUUGGCAGGGAUUAUUAAUCAAUACACGGAAAUUGGUGUCAAAACCGAAGAGCUUGAAAAGCAGAAAAACGAGUUGAUCCGUCAAAUCGAAGAAACCGAAAAAGAAAGCAUAACUGCCAAGAAAACAGUUGAACUUUUGAACGAAGAAGUACUCGCCUCCCCCGAAGAAUUAAGACAAGAAAUGACUGAGAGAAAGAAACAAAUCGAAGAUUUGAAAGAAAGUAUAAUCACAGCAAAACAAGCUCUUCAGGACAAAUUGGAGGCUCGCGACAUUUGUGCCAAUGCAGAUAAGAAUGUGCCUGUGAUCGAACAGAAGAUUCAAGCGUGGGCAGAAGAACGUGAGGAUAUUCUUGAUUUGAUGGAUGAGGUUGAUGAAAAUCUUCGAAAAUUGAGCGAAAUGGAAGAGCAACUCACAUUCACUACUGAUAAAAAGAGCAAUCAUGGGAAGCGAAUGAUCGAACAAGCUGAAAUGCAUGAACAGCUUAGAAGAGAGCAUUUGCAACGAAGUGAAGAAUUGAACAAAAAUAUCGAAGAAAUCACUGGACAAAUCGCUGCAUUGGGAAAAAAUCAGCCAAGUGUAUCGCGAGAUAUAGAAGAAAAGAGGCAGGAACUUCUAGCACUGAAGAAUGCUUAUAGCGAACAACUCGCCAAAUAUCGAAAUUCCUCUCGUGAUUCUUUCAAUAAAUUCCGGAAAAUCAAUGCUCUGUUCAACGAAGUUCAACGUGUUUCAUUGGAAAAGAAAAAUGCCAUGGAUCGUGCGAAGAACCGUCUUCAAAACAUGCUCAUCGGUCGUCUCCCAAGUUCUAUCCAAAAACUUGAGACAUUAACUGAACUAGACUUGAUUAAGCUCUCGAAUCUCGGCCCUCGAUCACUUCAACACGCUCAAUCAGUGAGUUCAUCAUCUUCUACUUUGAUGGUUUUUCAUAGAACCUACACUGAAACGUCUCCACCUCCCAAUUCAUCCAAUCGUCUUCCAUACAAAUCAAUUCGCCUGGCUAACACUCAAAUUGUCACUGAAUUCAUUCAAUACGGGGAGCUUCCGACAUUCAAGAAACAGGGUUGUCGAAGCACAAAUAACCCUUGGCGGAGAUAUGGAGCACUUCGGAAACUGUGUGAAACGGGAGGAUUCGCUCCGAACAGUGGAUCGAGGAAAGAAAGAAAAAACCGAGAUUCUCUUGUUGCUGUUAAAAAUGUAAAAUUGCCUCCACCACCAACAUCUUCUCAAAUGACAUUGAAUAAAGUUCGUGAUCCCGGACAAUAUGAAAUCAGAUUGGCUCUCAAAAAUCCGAAAAAUGUGACUGUCGACGUCGCAGCUCAGAAUCUUGCGGAACAAGUGAAGGCAUUUAUUUUGCAUCAUGGACACGAGUUGGUCGAAGAUGUCAAACCUGUUCAGAAUGUUCAAAAGAAAUAA